AUCCCGGUGAUAAAUAUAAGGUAAUCCUGCGCUGCGUUUGGGGCUGUGCAAGACGACACCAUGCACAUUGGACGGUGUAUGCCUUUUUCUUUUCCUCUGGAUAUUUUGUGUGCGUCAGUCGAGAAUGAUAUCGCAGGGUUUUGUCCGUGGAGGGCGUUAAAAGCCCAGUGUUGCGAUGUGUUUCAGCAGCACGACUAGAAACCUCAAGACGCUCGGCCGUUUGAAGUGCGGCUGUCCUGUUGCCAUAGCAACGUUUACACAAAAGGACCAGGAACUGAGCACAGGGACUGGAGCGCAGGACGCAGGUUUCAUUAGCAAUCGCACUAAAAACAAUAGUUGCGCUCCGUGGACCUAUCGACGCUUUCGGCGCAGCCUUCCGCAGCCCCGUCUCCUCCCCUCCUCGCCCGGCGGCAUGGAGUCCGAGCCCCGGCGCGUCACGGCGCUGGAGCGGGACCUGCAGUUCCUGCAGCAGCAGCACACGGAAACCCUGGGGAAACUGCAUGCGGAGAUCGAACAGCUGAGACGGGAAAAUAAAGAUCUACAGUACAAGUUGAUAAUGGAGCCAAAACAGAGCAGAAAAGGGAGCAGCACAACCUCCAGUGCCAGUCAAAGUGGACACCGCCUCAGUCAGCAGCCAUCAGUUAUAGCCUCAGGUUCCUCUAGGAGAGGAAAUGGGCAGCAGCAAGCAGAUUGCCAAGAGAAGAAAGGCAUGUUUAUAGAACAGGCUGUGCACAAGUUGCAGUUACACAAUACUCUUUCAGAGGACACCUUCCACAGCGGUACAGGAAGUGGUGGCGAGAAUGAGGUUGCAUGUGAUGCCGCAGCAUGCCCGGAACAAGACUUGAAAGGGGGUCUCAUUACAUCGCUGCAGCCUCUGAGAAUUCUCAGCAGUCCCUUGCAACCACCUCGGGCCCCCACCCUGCAGGAGUGCGAGGUCAUCAUCCGUCAGCUUUACAACGCCAACAGCCUCCAGUCUCAGGAGCUGUUACAUUUGAAGUCUGUCUUGAAGGAUAUUAUACUGAACAACAACAAAAUUACUCCUGAAACUUACAUUCUUACCAAGGCUUACUUGACAGGUACUUCCAGUAGGACUGGAGAAACAGGAAGAUUUCCAAAACUGUCACUUAAAACACUGCCAAAGAAAAUGCCUGACGCCCAGCCUUCUGCAGCAGAGAGGGUGAUGCUGCCAGCCCUGAAACAGUCUCUGGGAACCAGCUUUGCCGAGAGGCAGAAAAGAACACAAGCCAUGCAGAAGAACCGCUUACGAAAAGUUGUAAACUAAAAGACAGCUGAACAAAACAUGCUUAAUUGUCUUUAUGUUUUUUUAGCGGCACAAUAUACUUGUACAGAGCACUUAAAAUCGGAAUUGAUAUAAAGAUAAAAUCUGCUUGAUUAACAGUCUAA